CUCACUCUCUUAGCCGAUAUCGCUCUUGUAUGUGCCGAUAAGCCCUGGCUGGCUGCAUUACGUCCAGAGGACCUCCCCGCCCGCUAUAACACGCCCACACCCGCCACCACGCCCACACUCACGCCGCAGAGAGAGAGCUACACACCUGUGCUGGAGUUGGACCCCCACACCACCAUCAUUACUGUGGCCCCGCAUCACGACCAGCCUCUCAACCUCACCACUAGUCCACCACGCACGCCAUCGCAGUCACCACCCGCGCCCACGCCACCCACCACACCUCCCCCACCUGUGCGAGACGCCCAUGUCUGUCCUGAAUGUGGUCGCACCUACUCUACCUCCUCUAACCUCGCAAGACACAGACAGACACAUCGAUCACCGGACGACAAGCGAGCAGCCCGCAAGUGUCCUUACUGUGACAAGGUGUACGUGAGCACGCCCGCCUUCAGUCAGCACAUGCGUACACACAACCAGGGCUGUAAGUGUCCAACCUGCGGCAAGUGUUUCUCCCGGCCCUGGCUCCUGCAGGGUCACAUCAGGACUCAUACAGGUGAGAAGCCGUUCAGGUGCAGUAUGUGUGGGAAGGCCUUUGCUGACAAGUCUAACCUGCGAGCUCACGUCCAGACCCACUCGAGCAUCAAGCCCUACGCCUGUACCCGCUGUGGCAAGUCCUUCGCUCUCAAGUCUUACCUCUAUAAGCACGAAGAGUCUUCCUCCUGCAUGAAGUUACACCGAGCUCUGAGUCGCGGGGGCGUGACCCCCCGCCCCACCACUCCUUCAGCAGGUCCCGUGGUGGUAGGUCACACUGACCUACCCCGACCCACCACCGUCCUACACCAGCCCCAGCAGUCCAUCUCCGCUGGGCUCGGGGGCCGUGUCGGGGUUCGACCUAUGCACACCGUCACUAUUCUCCGUACAGCACCCCACGUGCCCACUGCGCGCGCCCAUUGACCUCUUCACAAAACUGCGCUGCCUUGUACACACUAACUUGUUCAAAAUUCCUCGCUGUAACAUUCAACUGUCUAAAGACAAGAGAGACAAGGUACAGGCGCUCCAUCGCAAAUGACAUAUAAUUUAUGUUACUCUGAUAUAAGAGUCAAUAUAAUUUAGUCUCAAAUGAAACAGCGUAGGCCUUCGCUAGGUAUGUGUCAACUGAAGGAGGUCGUGUGUGUGUCAAUGGUACUUAUACAUGAUACUAGUCGCUAUCAGGUUUUGGGACUUGCUGUCGUUAUGUAGGAAGACGUUUAUUUGUCGUAAGUUACAUGACAUAUUUUAUGAUAGACUAUUGGGCUGUGGUCCAGAUGCUUAGUUGAAAUGACACAGAGGCGCGCCACAGCAGGAGUGACUGUAACUAACGGGGACUGGGACAUGUGAUAGGGUGAGGAUGGGUGACGGAUUGAGAAUGAAUGACUGGGGGUGGGAAGAGGUGACGGGCUGAGGAUACGUGACAAGGGGUGAGGAGAAGGGACGGAGUGGAGAGGUGAAAAGGGGGUGGAGGUAAAGUAAGGUAUGACUAGGCAGAUGAGGAAGAGGGACUUCCCAUCAUAUAGGGUUGAGGGGGACCAGCACAGACAGCCUGUGCUCGUAGUACUAAAGUAGAACAUUUAGAUUACAUGGAAUUUGCAUUUGACUAUGUUGGGUACUGUUUACAAUGUACUGUAUAUAUUCUCUCCAGUUUCAGUAACUUUAGCAAAAAUGAUGAACUAGAACAGUUGCAAAAUUAUUCGUGUAAUAUAAUUAAUCAUAUAAAUAAUUAAGGUGUAACAUGGGUCCACUAGACCUUAGUACCCGGGGCUGGCAAGCAAGUACGGCCUAUCAGGUCGGGCUGUCAGGAGUAUGGCCGUGGCCUGAGGCGGUGUGGGCGUGUGACCAGUGCCGGGGGUGGGGAGGGGGGGGGGUAGUAGUGUUGUAGCUAAGUAGACAGUAAGUCUCGGAUGGGGUAUCUAGUCAAUAGUGUGCCACACAGUGCCACGGGUGAGCCGGAGUCCAGGACCAGGUCAUGGUCCCUCCAGGCUUCCCAGAAUUCCUUAUGUGCCUGUAGUAAUAAUCUCUGGGACCACGGAGUAUCUUGCUUUUUUACCCUUUGUAUUAAUUUGUAUAAACCUAGAAAACUUUAUAAAAAUGUAUGGCGUAAGUACUUAAGUUUAAAUUAAGUGUGAUGGUGAGAUGAUAAGUAGCUCCGGCGGCCACAGAUCUUGGGCAUCCCUCCCACACUGACAGAUAAUUGGAAAAUAUCCUAGUGUCUCGGCCAGAGAGGCAGAACUCGGUUUAGAACACAACGGUGAAAACAAUUAUAUUCUCAGAGCUUAAUUUGCAUUAUAAUACAAUGUAUGGAAGGAUACUAUUCAUAAAAAAAACUAACACUAUCCUUGAGUUACAGUUACCCGCAUGGUAGAAUCAUGAACUUUAUUCAUAUACACUAAUUUGUAAGAUAUUAGUUUUUGUGGCCAUGAUGAACAGUAUACGUUGUUUUAAUUGGUCAUGAGUUUCAACGUGCAUCAGUCAUCCCGGAACACUGAGACCUACACUUCUUGUUCUGCAACAACACCAUUUGUUUAUCAAGGGAAAAGGAAAAAAAAGAUGUGGGUUUUGCCUUCACUUUCAAUUUCAUGAUAGGCAUAUUUAAAAUAUUCAACACUGUAAGUUAGUGGGAUGAAUCCCAACACAGGCAGCUUUGACCUUGUACACCUAACCAGAUGGUCUAUCUUUGGUUUUAUCAGCGAGGUUAAGGUUUUACGAACCUGGCAGUUGCCGAGUCCAUGCCAAUUCUUUUUCACAGUGUUCUGUAACGACUACAUUUAAUUCAUAAAUAUCCGAAGAUCACAGUUGAGGAACAUAGGAAAUGUUUCCCGUCAACCGCUCUUCUACUCACGAGCAAAGACUGACCCUAAGUUUUGCAUUUUCAAGGAAACGAUUAUAUCAACAUGCAUGUUGUGGAAUGUUUAUAGCACUAUAUCUCUAACUGUGAUGAUAACAGUCUGAUAGUAAAGUAAGACACGUUCAAUAUGUCAUAUUUAAGCGAUGAUGGUAUGUGGUAUGCUUUCUUCUAUAGAUAAUACUGUAUCGUGAUGCUAUCAACAUGGCGGAGGGACCCUGGUUGCCUCUUGAGCUACUUUGCUAUGUACAUAUUUUUCGUAUUUAUAUUAUUUAAAUCACGAGUAAAAACUCUGAUUUUCUCGACUUUGGUAUGAUGCUUUAAAUAUCUAUUUAUUUAUCAUAUUUAUACAUUUUUUAUAUUAAGUCCUUUUGUAUUUAUGUGUGUGUUUGAGUGCAGACCGAGCCUACAAAUAAAAAUUAC